UGCCCUUUUCCAUCCUCCUCAAAUUAAUACAUUCCCAAACGCAAACAUCAAUCUUUUUCCAUUCAUUCCAAUCAAUUACCAAAAAAAGCCCAUCUCUGCAAUUCCCAUUCUUCUGCAAAAACCCAAAAAACCCUUCACUUUUCCACCAACAAUGGUGGUUUUGUCCCAGCCAGCAAUCGAACACGUCUCUCUCAUCAAGAACUCCAAACCCACCACAUUCUCCUCCGAAAUUCCCAUAAUAGACCUGUCGAAACCCGACCCGAAAGCCCGCCUCGUUGCGGCCUGCGAGGAGUUUGGUUUCUUCAAGGUGAUCAAUCACGGCGUUCCGACGGAGUUCAUCACCGAACUGGAAUCAGAAGCAAUCAAGUUCUUCUCCUUGCCUUCUUUUGAGAAAGAGAAAACAGGGCCUCCUGACCCACUUGGCUAUGGAAACAAGAGAAUCGGACCAAAUGGCGAUGUGGGUUGGGUUGAAUUUCUGCUGUUGACAAUCAACAAGGAAUUCAAUUCUCAGAGAUUUUCAUCAAUGUUUGGAAAAAACCCGGAAAUGUUCCUUUGUGCUGUGAAUGAUUAUGUCUCAGCUGUGAAGAAGAUGGCCUGUGAAAUUCUUGAGUUAUUGGCUGAUGGGUUGAAGAUUAAACCAAGGGAUGUGUUUAGUAAGCUCGUGAUGGAUAAACAAAGUGACUCUGUUUUUAGGCUCAAUCAUUACCCUCCAUGUCCUAAACUCCAAGAAAUGAACGGCAGGGAUUUGAUUGGAUUUGGAGAACACACUGACCCUCAGAUCAUUUCUGUGAUGACGUCUAACAACACUUCAGGGCUUCAAAUCUCACUGAGAGAUGGGAAGUGGAUUUCUGUCCCACCUGACCAGAAUUCCUUCUUCAUCAAUGUUGGUGAUUCUUUGCAGGUAAUGACCAAUGGGAGAUUCAAGAGUGUGAGGCACAGAGUGGUGGCAAACAGCAUGAAAUCUAGGGUUUCCAUGAUAUACUUUGGAGGGCCUCCCUUGAGUGAGAAGAUAGCUCCAUUGCCUUCACUAGUGGAAGGAGAAGAGAGCUUGUACAAAGAGUUCACAUGGUUUGAGUACAAAAAAUCUGCAUAUAAGUCAAGGCUUGCUGAUAAUAGGCUAGGCCUUUUUGAGAGAAUUUCAGCCUCAUAAAAAAUUUAAAUUUAAAAAAAAAAAAUGGGUCACCACAUUGUUGGGAAAAAUGGUUUGUCAAGUUUCAAACAUCGGUUUGCAAAAUUGUUGAUCAAAUCUCGCAAAUGCUGGGAAAUUUUGUAUCCUCUUUCUCUUGUUUUGUCUCUUGGUUGUUUCACAAUUAAUGUAAUUGUUGUUCUUGUUGUCA